CCAGCCCAGCCCUGUCCCCUACACACCCUAACCCAAACUCAGUCUUUACCCCCAGCCCUGUCCCCUGUCCCCUACACACCCUAACCCAAACUCAGUCUUUACCCUGAGCCCUGUCCCCUACACACCCUAACCCAAACUGUCUUUACCCCCAGCCUCCUAAAUUGUAUGUCUGACUUUCUGAUUUGUAAAUUCACCGCAGUUCCCAACAUUGACCAGCAGGUGGUAAUGAUACUCUCUUCUCAGACAGUAAAUGACCACCAGUCAGCUACAUUUAUUUUGUUAGGAGGGGAUGGAAAAGCAUUGAGACUAUUUGUCAUGGAAGCAAUUUCACUCAUUUACUCAUGUGAAUGUGUCCAAAGAGAUAAGAGAAGCUAAUAUUGAUAGUCACUGUUAAAUCUUUACAGCUCAGGAUAAUAUGACUAUAAUUAAAGAUCAUCACUCCCAUCUGCUGGCUGGAUCGCUCUUCUGAUUAGAACCCUAUUCUACACACUGCUAACCUUAUGCCAAACCUUAAACCUAAAUUUAGAUCAGAAAUGCACAUUUUUGUUUUCAUUACAUUUUACGAUAGUCCUAUAGACAAUUUAGACUUUGUGACUGGGUUUUCUAAUAACUAGAGAGGCUGGGGGGAGGAGUUUACUCCAAAUACCUGAGCAAAGGUGAAAGUGAAAGGUAUGUCUCAGUAUAGGACUGAGGUGUAGAUUGUUCUGUAAAAACAUGUAGAUAUGCACAUAUAGUGACUAUUAGAGUGGUUAUAGAUUUAAAUCAACUAUUUUGAAUGUGAAGUGGAGGACGUGAAGACCAGUAAAGUGAAAAUGUCAGAGUCCAGAGUUCAUAAUCAGUUUAAACUCACCUCAGACGACUAUGUGGGGGCUGAUGUUGGUGAAGAGGUCACCCUCCCCUGUCACCUCUCACCUGACACCAGUGCUGUUGCCAUGACGAUCAGGUGGUUUAAGGAGACAGAGUGUAUUUACCUGUAUAAGAAUGGCCAGGUGACAGAGAGGAGUGGCUAUGAGGGCAGAGUGAGUCUGAUCACCCAGGAGCUGGAGAGAGGCAACGUGUCUCUGAGGCUGAUAGACUUCAGGAGGUCAGAUAGAGGAGUCUACAUCUGUCAGGUCAUCCAUGGAGAACAGAAGGAGGAGGCUGCAGUGGGUUUAAGGGUCAGAGGAGAACCAGGUGAGUAAUUACUUAUUUGUCUGUUUUGUUUAUUGACAACCAAUAACACAAGACAAAGAACAGACCAGAGUGUUAAUCUGAUACUAUAAAAACUACAGGCCUUGUGAACAGCAGUGUGUCUUCUUCAAGGCUACAAAUUAAAUCAGUUUCUUUACAUUUAUCAAUACUCUCCCCAAAUGUUCUCAAGGUAGGUUGGAUUAUGAUGUAUAGAUGUUCUUCAAAUUAUCCAGAAUUUUCAUAUCAUAUCCCUCCCACAAUAUAUCUGCCAUAGAGGUCAACAUUUCACAUAGUCCUCCCACUAUAUAUCUGCCAUAGAGGUCAAUAUUUCACAUAGUCCUCCCACUAUAUAUCUGCUAUAGAGGUCAAUAUUUCACAUAGUCCUCCCACUAUAUAUCUGCCAU